GAGCCAUGGCCGAGGCCGAGAGGCUGCCGCCGCCGCUGCCCCCGCGACUGGACUGGUUUGUGCACACACAGAUGGGCCAGCUGGCCCAGGACAGUGUCCCCGAGUGGUUCCACGGGGCCAUCUCACGAGAGCCAGCUCCCCCAGGCACCUGGCAGCACCUGCCACCUUACCCAGGAGAGCCUGGGACCCGCUUUCCAGGGUGUGUCCAGGACCUCAGUCUUUCCCCUUCCAAGAAACUAAACAUAGGUCCCUUGGCCCUGCAGAAGGAUCCAGCAAACGUAGAUUAUGAGGAUCUCUUCCUUUACUCCAGUGCACUGGCAGAGGAGGCCACCAGGCCUGUCCCUGGCCUCGGGGAACAUCGGAGACCUUCCUCCUGCUCAGUGGCUGCACCUGAGAAGGUAUGUGAUGGGGAAAGGACACGUUUGAUCUGUGGGAGAGGCAGGAGUAGACAACGACCAAUGGCUGUCCCCUUGAGGCCAGCCCUGCCCCACCCCACGACGGCGAGGAAGCCCUCUGCAGAGCCGGGCAGGGCGCCCCCCGGGAAAGCCGCUUCCUCCUGCCCCGCGAGGCCCUUCAGGGAGGCCGGGCAGAGGCUCUGGAGCAGCCUCAAGGCGCUGCCCGCGGGCCGCAUCGCGCAGCCGCAGUUCCGCUCCGCGCUGGCGGCCCUGAGGUCGUCGCUCCAGGAGGCCAGGCCGGCUCGGGGGACCUCCGGCCCCAGGCCCCAGGCGGACAGCAGGAAGCACUCAGGCGAGGCGGCCUGGAAGGACAGUGUCUCCGGGGACCCGUGUGUGGCCACAGCCUCUGACCCCUCGCAGCCCCAGGCCCCAAGACCCAGGGACGCCUCCGCCAGGAAGGCCGCCAGGCCCGUGAGCUGGAGCGGGGCCACCCCGGCGGCUAGGGGCUGGCACCCAUUGGUGGCGAGGGCCCUGUCUUCCCGGGAGGCCACGCCGGGGCCCGAGGAUGUGGCCGAGCCUGCAGAGGACAUGCUGCCUGAGGAGUACCUGCCGCCGCCGCCCUUCGCCCCCGGGUACUGCUAGGGGCGCUCUCCAGCUCCAGGACCAUGGCCAGGGGCCGCGGCUCCCGGGGCCUCCCUUCGCCACCGUCCUCCGCUGCUGGUCCUCGGGAGCUUGGGGGACCCAGUCCUGCAACUGCCAUCAGGACAGCAAUCGCAGGAGCAGCCCGGCCAGGGCGCAUGCCUGGAAUCCCAGCAGCCCGGAGGCUGAGGCAGGAGGACGUGAAUUCAAAACCAGCCUCGACAACCCAGCAAGGCCCUGGCUCAAAAAUAUGUAAAGGUCUGGGGGUGCAGCUCAGAGGUAGCAUCCCCCCGGUUCAGUCCCAGUACCACCAACAGCAACAGUAAUAAUAAUAGUCAUGGGGUGGCUUGAGAUGCCUACUGUGUGCCAGGCCCAGUGCCAGACCCUCCUCUGAGGGCCAUACCUCCAGUUCAACCAACCACAGAUGAAAAAUAUUAAAGACAAAAUGUUACCUAUCCUGACACGUAUGGACUUCUUUUCUUGCCAUUAUUCCCUAAGAAACACAGUUUUAAUAGCUAUGUCCACAGCGUCUGCACCUUGUUAUAUAUUAGAAAUCAUCUGGAGAUGUUUAAAGUCCUGUGUCCAUGCACAGGUUAUAUGCAAACACGGUGUCAUUUGCUAUAAGUGACUUGAGCAUCUGUGGAUUUGGGUAUGCAGGGGAGGUCCUGGAACCAAUCUCUGAGGAUACGAGGAGACAACUGGACAUGUUCCUGAGCAAGCCUAUGCCGUAGGGCCACUCUCCACAUUCUGAAGAAGAGACUGAGGUUCAGAGAGAAGAGGCAGCAGGGUGUGAGCAUUGGGAUUGAAAGCUGAGCCGUUUUGCACCAUCUGAAACCACCCGGCAGGAACCUCCGCCAUCACAGAGCUGGGAUUUGCGGACUCAGUUCCAAGUAUGUUCUCACACAAGUGGUGGUGGCUAGCACGGCUACUCACACCCUCCUCCCUCCUGAGCUUGGUGCACAGUAGGACUUCAUCUGCAGCAGCAUCAUGAUAUGCAAUGUGAGCCCUUCUUUUCAAAAAGGAAUGAGCUGGU